UCGCCCUCACCUCACUCGUCACUCAUUGCACACACUUUCUCUCUCUAUCAUUCACCACUUUCUCUCUCUAGACCCCCUUAGACCCCUUAACCCUUUGUUCGAAGAAACAUACAUAAUUACUACGUACCCAUUAAGAGAGAGUCUAGUCAACCAAAAUAGAGACUGCAAAGACAUGUCUUCUGCUACAAGUACAAAUACAUGGGUUAAGCCCAAAUUCCUCUCUUCAUCAAGAGAGUUGAAAUUGGGGUCUAACAACCCAAUCUCUAUCUCUUUAAACAAACCUAAUAAACCUCACACCAUAAAUUGCUCUCUCCAAACUCCUUCCCUCCACUUUCCCAAACAGUCUUCAAAAUAUCAAACACCUGGUACUAGUGUUGUCACUGACACUACAACUAUAUGCCCAAAAGAUCAAAACUCGUCCUCUACUUCACCUUCAUUUUCGGUAGAGAGAGCCAUUGCUAAGUCCACUCCACAGUGGAAUUUUCUACAGAAAGCUGCAGCCAUGGCCCUGGAUGCCGUGGAGAGCGCCAUGGUAGCACGCGAGCGCCACCAUCCUCUGCCAAAAACAGCCGAUCCCGGAGUUCAAAUUGCAGGUAAUUUUGCUCCCGUCACUGAACAGCCCGUCCAGCACUCACUUCCGCUUACCGGAAAAAUACCCGAAAGUGUUAAAGGCGUCUACGUCCGAAACGGGGCUAAUCCGCUAUUUGAACCGGUCGCCGGCCACCACUUCUUUGACGGCGAUGGUAUGGUCCACGCCGUCAAAUUCGAAAACGGCUCGGCUAGCUACGCUUGCCGGUUCACCGAGACGCAGAGACUCGUCCAGGAACGAGCUCUAGGCCGCCCAAUUUUCCCCAAAGCCAUUGGAGAGCUCCACGGCCACUCCGGCAUAGCUCGGCUUAUGCUCUUCUAUGCUAGGGGAUUGUUCGGCCUCGUCGAUCACCACCACGGCACCGGCGUUGCCAACGCGGGCCUAGUUUACUUCAACGGCCGCCUCCUCGCCAUGUCGGAGGACGACUUACCGUACCAAGUCCGAGUCACCCCCUCCGGCGACCUCGAAACAGUGGGCAGAUACAACUUCGAUGAUCAGCUCAAUUCCACCAUGAUCGCUCACCCCAAGCUCGACCCAGUUUCCGGCGAGCUCUUCGCUCUCAGCUACGACGUCAUCCAAAAGCCAUACCUCAAGUACUUCAAGUUUUCCAAGUCCGGUGACAAGUCACCGGACAUCGAAAUACCCCUGGAACAGCCAACUAUGACGCAUGAUUUCGCAAUAACAGAGAAAUUCGUAGUAAUCCCAGAUCAGCAGGUGGUGUUCAAGCUGCCGGAAAUGGUCCGCGGUGGCUCUCCGGUGGUGUAUGACAAGAACAAGAUGUCCCGAUUCGGAGUUCUUGACAAGAAUGCUAGUGAUGCUAGUGAAAUCAAAUGGAUCGAAUCGCCUGAUUGCUUUUGCUUCCAUCUCUGGAAUGCUUGGGAGGAGCCAGAGACCGACGAGGUCGUCGUGAUCGGGUCGUGUAUGACUCCGCCGGACUCCAUUUUCAACGAAUGCGAUGAGGGGUUGCAGAGCAUUUUGUCCGAAAUUAGACUCAAUUUGAAGACCGGUAAGUCCACACGCCGACCAAUUAUAACCAAUUCGGAUGAUCAAAUUAACUUAGAAGCAGGAAUGGUGAAUCGGAACAAGCUUGGCAGGAAAACCCAGUUCGCUUACCUCGCCAUUGCCGAGCCUUGGCCUAAAGUUUCUGGCUUUGCAAAAGUCGACCUCUUCACCGGAGAAGUAAAGAAGUACAUUUACGGCGAACAGAGGCACGGUGGUGAGCCUCUGUUUCUUCCUACAGGCUCCAACUCGGAAGCUGAAGAUGACGGAUUUGUCAUUGCUUUCGUGCACGACGAGAAGACAUGGAAAUCGGAGCUCCACAUUCUAAACGCCAUGACUAUGCAGUUAGAAGCUUCGAUUCAGCUUCCGUCUAGAGUUCCAUAUGGUUUUCAUGGCACAUUCAUAACAGAGAGAGAUUUAGCAAAACAGGCCUAAUUCAAUCGUCUUGUUAGUCGAUUGUUUUCGGAUAAUUAAGUCGGAGAUUUGCCAGUGGGAUUGUUUCAGUUCGUCCCCGGAAGUCUCCUAUAUGCUUACAGUAGAACCCCAUUUGUUGGGUAUGUGAUUUUCCUUCCUUUUUUUUUUUUUUUUUUUUUGGUUGAUUGUCUGUGAGAGGUUUUGAAGGACCAAGCUUGUAGCUUUUGGGUGUAGGUUAGAAUUGGAGCUCAGCUGGUUCUUGCUUAUUCUUUCACUUAUAGUGUGCAUAAGAGAGGAGGUAUAUAGAUACAGAAGAAUAAUGUAACGGGUACGUUACCAUGUACAAUAUAUGUUUUCAUGUUAAUAAUCUCUGUAUCACUCUGUUUCUUGUGAAUAA